UUCUAAUAGAAGGUGAAAUAUACUUUUACGAGAACAAAAAGAAAUUAGUUUCCAAAUGAAUUUCUCCUAUGGUUUCCGUACACAUACAAAUUUAUUUAAUUAAUUAAGAGAACUUUCACGAAAUUACGAUAAAUUAAUAAUGUAUGGAAAUUUUUUAUUUUUAUUUCAUUUAAAACAUAUUUUUGGGGGGAUUUUAUUUUUCGAAAAAACAGGCGCGGAAAAAUUCAUGGGAUUUAUAUAUUAUAACAAGAAUGGCGUCAUCGUGAAAUAGUAGUGUGUUCACUUUUUUUCUUUCUAAAUUACGCGGAUAAUUAAAACUUGGAUGGUGAAAAUGUUUCAUUUAUUGUGUGUGUUUAGAUGAUUAAAUAUUAGUAGUGACGACGAGAAUAUUCUCAAAAACCUUUGGAAAAUCUCUUGUUGAUUAAUAGAUGGUUUUUCAUCCACAGUGCGUGUGUUUUUUUUUUUUUCUUAGACGAGACAUACGACGAUUCGUGUGUUGGUGGUUUUUAUGCGCUGGCGUGUGUGUUGAAGGGCAGCUGCGAUUAUAAAAAAAAAGAUUCCCGACUUUUCGUGAAAUUAAAACAUUGAGAAAAAAAAGGGCAAAGUGAUUAUCAUUAACAUAGAGAGGAAAAAUUCAUUACAACAAGUGAAUAUAAAAAAUAAUAGAAACUGUGUAAAGGAAAUCGAGAAAAUCGAAAGCAGACAAGAGAAACAUUCGUAACUAUAAAAAUCAACAUUUUUCAAGACUGGCCAACGAUUCAAAAAAAAAAAAAAGACAAUAAAUAUUAAUUGACGAUUUAAAUGGUGUUCAAUAAUUAAUAUUUGAAUAUAAAUAAAAAUAAAAAGAGAAAAGACUGGAAAAAGUCUGAAUUUAUUUAAAUGAAUGGAUGAUGCUUGGAGGCAAUGAACGGUAUGGAGAGACAUGGACAUGGACAUGGUCAUGGACAUGGACAUGGUCACGGACAUGGACAUGGGCACUCGCAUUCACAUCAUCAUCAUCAUCACCAUCAUCAUCAUCAUUCCCAUAGUAAUUCAUCAUCGUCGUCGUCACAAAAUUCAUCGAGUCAUACCUCAAAGCACAAUCAUGGACAAAUAUCACAUGCAUCGAAAGAAAUUUCGAGCAAUCAACAACAUCAUCAACAGCAACAACAACAACCACCACCACCAUCAUCAUCGCAGCAACAGCAACAAUCACAGCCACCACAAUCUCAACAACAAUUAUCUCCAAAACCUCGUAAUUAUAAACUAUUAGUUGAUCCCUUUCUUGUGAAAGGUGCACAAAAAUUAUAUCGUUACGAUGGCAUUAUACCCGGUGAUCCAACACAACCAAUUGUUCAACCACGUGAUCCACGUUCACAAUUAACAAGAAUAUGGACACGUCUUGAACAACUUGAUUUACCCGUGCCAAGAUUUAAAAUCGAUCAAAAUUAUUGUGGCGAACCACCGCCAUUGGAAGUAACAUUUUGUCAUUUAAAUGACAAUAUUGAUCGUGCAUUUCUCUCUGAUAUGGUACAUAAAUUUGGUACCAUUGAAGAGCUUACAAUUUAUUAUCAUCCAGUGACAAAUAAACAUCUUGGCAUUGCACGUGUUGUUUUUGAAAGUACAAAAGCAUCAAAAGCAUGUGUUGAAAAAUUAAAUAACACCUCAGUAAUGGGUAAAGUAUUACGUGUAUUUCUCGAUGCAUUUGGUGAGGAAUGUAAAAAAAUUUACGACGAAAUGACAAUUGAAAAACGUGUUGAAGUUAAAGAAGUAAUAAUGAAAGUUGAUGUCGAACAGGAGAAGCCAUCGCCUAUUUUGGAAAAAAUUGUACCGCCAGUGAGUGAUAAAAAACAACAACAAACAACAACGUCAACAUCGUCAUCGACAAUUGGAAUGGAAAAUAAACGCGAUUACAUUGAAACACCACGUUAUGGUAAAUAUCGUGAUUAUCCAACACCAACUGGUGGUAGCAGUACUGCUGGUAGUGAUCUUGGCUAUGCAACAGCAUCAAGUGAAUUAAAUUAUUCAGGCACUUAUUCACAAAAUUCAACACCGGCAAAUUAUGAUUAUUUUUACGGUGGUUUUCAUCAUCCUCAUCAUCAUCCACCACCACCGCCUCAUCAUCAUCAUCAUCCAAAUAGUUAUUUACCAAAUGUUGCCGCACAAUCGCCAAAUUUAAAUUCAACUAUGUGGUGGAAUCAUCAGAAUUCAAUGGCAACGCCUGUUUGGACACCACAACAGCAACAUCAUCUUGAUAGUCCAAAUUUACAACUCAAUAAACCUCCACCAAUUACAACAUUGACAACAACAACGACAACCGUUGCGGUGACAACAACAUCAACAAAACAACAAUUUACGCCUAAAAAAGAGAAGGACAUGCAAAAUACACCGAAAACAACGCCACGUGAUUCACCAAUUGAAAGUGGAAGAAAAACACUUGAUUUAGAUACAAGAAUUGCCAUGUUAUUAAAGGAUAAAGCAGGUGGUAUGGCACCGCCAUUUUUACAAUUUGGUAGCGAUUCAGAGGAUGAAAAAAAAUCAUUACCAGAUGAGGAAUUAUUAUCAACACCGCCAAGUCCAUUUUUAACUGGUGAUAUUUAUAAAGCACAUCAUGAAAAGGCUGUGGAAAAAUUAAAGGAGAGACGAAAAAUACGUGAGAAUAAUAUUCAUCCAUUUCCAGUUGAUGAAGAACUUGGUAGUGUUAUUAGUUCGAGUGAAGAUGAGGCAUUAUUGGAUAUUUAUAGUCCAGCUGUUGAUGACAAUGACGAUCGGCGUAAGGAAUCUCAAGCUGUUGUAUCACUUGACGAUGAUCGAAUGUCAUUGAGUCCAUUGAGUUCCGGUGAUGAGAAAAUUGAAGAAAUUGGAUUUCAAGUGAUAGCGCAUAAUCCACCGGUAAAUCAACUCUAUACGGGUCCAGGUUAUCCUGGAGCUUUAGCACAUCCACAUUAUCCACAUCCAGUGAGUGAUAUGUACGGAUGGCCACGUCCCGCGCAUUAUCCAUAUCCAUAUGGAGCUCCGUACCUGCCAAAUAGUUAUCAACCUCCAAAUAAUUCCUUCCAAGGUGGAAUUCACAAUAAUACACAAGGAACAAAUUAUUUCCCCUCACUUCAAUCGAGACUACAAGCAAUGACUAAUUUUAAUACUUAUAAAGAUAAUCCUCAGGGUCCCACAAUUAAUGGGGUUUUAAAUAAAGUUGUUAAUGAAUUGAAGCAAAUUUUGAAAAAGGACUUUAAUAAAAAAAUGGUUGAGAAUACGGCGUUUAAAUUGUUUGAAGAAUGGUGGGAUGAAAAGAAAAUGGAGACAAAUGAAAAAAGUCAAACUACAUUUGAGGAGAAUAAUGUUACAAAUAAUGUGAUUAAUAAAGAAGAAAAUCAUAAACCAGAAGGACUUAGUUCGUUAAUAGAGCAAGCAACGCCACUUGGUUUUAAUUACGAUGGAUUUGGAUUGGGAAUUCGUGCCAGUAUGCCUAAAAUGCCAUCGUUUAGGCGAAAAAUUAAGCCACCGAGUCCAGUACCACAGGAUGAGGAUAGUCGACUAUCAGAUCGUCUUGGCACUGAAUUAAUUGAAAGUGAUAGCGAUUUAGAUUUACCAGCAGUACAGAAAACAAAAAGGCCACUCGAGAGUCUUCCCAGUGGAUCAACAUCAUCAUCAACAUCAUCGGCUGGAAGUUCAAGUGAUGAUACAAGUAGCAGUGAAUCAUCGAGUGAGAAUUCCGAUGAUGAAGAAGAGGAAUUUACAUACGAUCCACGUCCUCUUGCAUCGGCUAGUGAAAAUACUGAAAUUCUCAUGGAACUCGCGAUACAACGAUCACUUGAUUGUGCAACACCACCGGGACGACAAACACCAUUACCAGAUUUAAUAAUUCCAACGCAAGACAAUGAAUUACCAGAAAUGUGUAACGAUGCUAGUCCUUUAUCAUCGCCUACUUAUCAACAACAACAACACGAUGAAACCAAAGAGGAAAAUGAAAUGAAAACAAUUGACGACAAUAAUAGCGAAAUGAAAAUUAUUAUCGAGAGACAAAAAACACCGGAAAUUAAUGCCGAUAAUAAAAAGACUGAGAAUUUAUGGUUAAAUCAAGAGCCACGCGAUAUUGAAAGAAUGGAAAGUUCAGCUGCCGAGGCAUUAAUGACAUUAGCUGGUCAAGAUAAUAUAAUAAGGCACAAAAGUCCAGGACCAAUUGAAGCAAAUAUUAUACGAAGUUUGGAAAUAUUGUCAAAUAAAUAUAUUAAUGAUGUGCCAAUACUUCAAGAAUCGGAGAAAAUUGAAAUGUUUAGCGAAAUACCAACAACUGAUUCUGAGGAGGAGAGUUUGGAAAUUCGACGAUUACGAUUCCAAGCUGAGGCUAAUUUACGUCUAAAUGGUGAAAAUUAUCCCGAUGGUGAUAGUGGUUUGCGGCCAUUAGUAUUUGCUGAACAUUCAUAUUCUUUGCUGCCUGCAAAACCUGUUGUUGAAGAAAAAUCAACAAUUAUUGAAAGUGAAGUUACACCAACAUUACCAACGACAAUUAAGGCAAAACCAGCGAAAUUAGAUAAGAGAAAAGAAAAAGCUGAGAAACGAAAGAAUAAUAAAAUUUCAAAACUUCAUAUACAAAAUCAUGAACGAGAAAAGGAGAAUAUUAUUGAAAUGGAAAAUCGUAAGAAUAUUUAUGAGAUUCCAAAAUUACCACAACCGGAAGUUACCUAUAAGGAGAGGGAUCUCAUGUCGGAAAUGAGUAUAUUAUAUCAAUUCUUAACGCGAGGUAUUGAUGCUGAGGAUGUGGAAUAUUUGAGAAGAAGUUACGAAGCCUUGUUGGCUGAUGAUGCUCAAGGUUAUUGGCUUAAUGAUACACAUUGGGUGGAUCAUCCGCCUACUGAUGUUCCUAGUCCUGCGAAAAGAAGAAAAAGAGAUGACCUCAGGUUACAUGCCACUGGUUGUGCAAGAACGGAGGGUUAUUAUAAAGUUGACAUUCGCGAGAAAUUGAAGCAUAAACAUCAUUACGCUCAAAGUAUUCAAAGAAGUAAUGAUGUAGAGGAAAGUGGCGGUCCAUACGCGGGAGGUGAUGGACUCGCGAAUGGUCCUAAGGCAAAUUCAAAAACCCUCACCGGUAAAAUGCAAGCAUUGUCAAGAGAAGCGAGAAGCAAUCAACGUCGUCUUCUUACUGCUUUUGGUAUCGAUACAGACAGUGAUCUUCUUAAGUUUAAUCAAUUGAAGUUCCGAAAGAAGCAAUUGAAAUUUGCAAAAUCGGGAAUUCACGAUUGGGGCUUAUUUGCAAUGGAACCAAUUGCCGCCGACGAAAUGGUGAUAGAAUACGUUGGACAAAUGGUGAGGCCUGUUGUCGCCGAUUUACGUGAGUCACAAUACGAGGCAACUGGAAUCGGAAGUUCGUACCUUUUCAGAAUCGACUUGGAUACAAUUAUUGACGCGACCAAAUGCGGAAAUCUCGCUCGGUUCAUUAACCAUAGUUGUAAUCCGAAUUGUUAUGCUAAAGUGAUCACAAUAGAGAGUCAAAAGAAAAUAGUUAUUUACAGUAAACAACCAAUUGGGGUUAAUGAGGAAAUUACGUAUGAUUAUAAAUUUCCAUUGGAAGACGAUAAAAUUCCCUGCCUAUGUGGAGCUCCUCAAUGUCGUGGAACUCUCAAUUAAAAAAAAAAACACACACAAAAAACAAAAAAACAAAAAAAGGAAAACAAAAAAAAAAAAAGAAAAGUGUUCGUCAGCUUCAUUGUUCAUUUCAUAUAUAUAUUAUAUAUAUAUUUUUUUCUUUAUUACUAUAUUUUUCAUCGUACCCUUUACCCGUUGCUCAUAUUUUUGUAAAUACGCCCCUUCUCCCCUUUCUGCCCUCUCUUACCCCCCUCUGAAAUAUUACUUUUGUGUAAAACAUUUUAUAAAAAAAAAAAAUUGCAACUCUACAGUUGAAAAUAAAUAUUUUUUUUUCUUGGUUUUUUUUUAA